AUGCUUCGCACUGUGCGACGAUCGUGGACAUGCCGCAAAUGCCUGCACCUGCAGUCGCAGUCCCGAGCCUUCGCGAGCGCCGCAUCAGCCUCGCCGACGCCAUUUGAAUAUAUCCCAGCAGACAACAGUGCGCCAGGGAAGAAGACCGACGACCAGACCCUUCGCCGCGUGUUCGAUUCCCAGUCGUUCUGGAAUGAGUACUCCCAGCAACGCACCACUACGAUCCCCAGACGAGCUGGGUUAGUCCAGAACCAAUACCUCACAAGCCCCGAAGGCUUCAGGACAUUCGCAAAUGUCUCGUUGCAGCGAUGCCAGGCUAUCGUGACCAAGGUUCUCGCCGCCUCGACCGUGGAGGAAUACAGGGCACUGGCACGCGACCUUGACCGGCUCAGUGAUCUCCUGUGUCGCGUUAUCGACCUGUCGGACUUCAUUCGAACCAUUCAUCCUGAUCCACGGAUACAAGAAGCAGCCACGCAGGCGUGGGCUCUAAUGUUUGAAUAUAUGAAUGUUUUGAAUACCACCACUGGCCUUCACGAGCAGCUCAAUACAGCCCUAAACAACCCCGAUGUGACAUCACACUGGACCGAGGGCGAGAGGAUUGUGGCUCAGAUCUUGAACAAAGAUUUCUCAAAUUCUGCGAUUCAUAUGCCGCCAGAGGUACGGCAGCGUUUCGUCAAUCUUUCAAAUGAUGUGAGCCAGUUGGGAUCCGAUUUCAUGAACGGCGCGGAGCCUGCGAAGUCCCAGGUGGUCUUCCCUGCCAGUGCCCUUCAGGGUUUGGAUCCUGUCGUCGUUCAAAAAAUCAAACGGUGGAACAAGAAGGCACCAGUGCCAACUAUGGGCGUUGUCCCUCGGCUUGCUCUGCGCUCAGUGCGUGAUGAAGGAGUUCGCAAAGAGAUCUAUCUCGCCACUCGCACAUCCAGUACACGCCAGCUACAAAGACUAGAAGAACUUUUGGUCAAAAGAGCAGAACUGGCCCAACUUACAGGCCACAGCAGCUUUGCGCAUAUGACUCUCGGUGACAAGAUGGCCAAGACGCCUGAAGCAGUAUCGAACUUCUUGACUUCACUUGUCUCAAGUAACCGUGGUCCAGUUCGUGAAGAAUUAUCCAAGCUGCAGGAACAGAAAGGAUCUUCUUUGCAGCCGUGGGACCAUGCGUUCUACGUUCACAAGCGGGUCUUGGAGUACAGCCAGUCUCGUCGCUCGCGUCACCUGGGUUCUGUUAAUGACUUCUUCUCCCUGGGAACUGUCAUGCAAGGUCUUUCUCGGCUUUUCGAGCGUCUCUAUGGUGUGCGUCUUGUUCCACACGAAGCAUCUCCUGGCGAGACCUGGCAUCCAGACGUCCGUCGCUUAGAUGUCGUGGACGAAUCGGACAAGCACAUUGCAGUCGUUUACUGUGACCUAUUCACCCGGCCCAGCAAGCACCCAAAUCCGGCUCAUUUCACUCUUCGCUGUUCGCGUGAGAUCUCAGCUGAAGAGGUUGCCGAAUGUGCCUCGAUGGACCAGUCGGCUCACCCGAACGACGGGAUGGCCACGGGCGUCGACCCGCAGACCAAGACUCUGCGCCAGCUGCCAACCAUUGCUCUCGUAUGCGAUUUCCAGGAGCCCCAGGCCAAUGGCUCGGGUCACCCAACCCUGCUGAGCGAGCAGAGUGUUCGUACAUUGUUCCACGAGAUGGGCCACGCGGUUCACUCGAUCCUCGGUCAGACACCUCUGCAGUCCAUCUCUGGAACUCGGUGCGCCACGGACUUUGCCGAACUUCCUUCCGUACUGAUGGAAAGUUUCGCGACUGCUCCAGAGGUUCUUUCCUUGUAUGCGCGCCACUGGAAGACUGAUGAACCUCUUUCCGAAAGUAUGAUGCAGAGCAUGGAACUAGAUCGCACUGCGCACGGGUCCAUCUACGGCGCUGUGGAGAAUGAGGCCCAGAUCCUCAUGGCGCUUGUUGACCAAGCCUAUCAUUCUAUCCCUGCCGAAAUUAGUUCAGUUGGCAUUGACUCCACCGAGAUCUAUCACCAAGUCUUCGCUCAGCACUCCAGUCUGCCCGAUCCGGAUAACGUUCGGCCACGCACCUCGUGGCAGGGCUUCUUCGGUCACUUGUACGGCUAUGGUGCUACAUACUAUAGCUACAUCUUUGACCGAGCGAUCGCCAACAAGCUCUGGCAAGAUGUCUUCCAAUCUGGCCAGGCCGCCGUUGAUCGCGCUGCCGGAGAGCGAUAUAAAAACGAAGUCCUCCGCUGGGGAGGUGGUCGUAAUGGCUGGCAGUGCGUGGCCGGCGUCCUGGGCCACAGCAACCCCUCCAAUGCAAACGGCCGCCUGGCUGAAGGCGGCGACGAAGCCAUGCGUGAAGUUGGCCGCUGGGGUCUAGGACGCGAGGGCAUGUAA